AAAAGUCAAGAUAUAAUUUAAUUAAAAAGAAAUAUUGAACACAAUAUAUCUAUGAAUGUAUCUAGUGAGACUACUGCAGAUUACUGAUCAAAGGGCUAACUAACUCAAAAUCAUAGAACAUAUAAAUGUAUACAAAGUCAAAUAAAAUUUACAAAAUCAAAAAGUACACAUAAAUGAAAUUACCAAUAACAAAAGGAUCUGUAAUAUUAAGGUAAAAACCCAACUUGGUACAGGAACAGACCAAAAUAUCAUCCCUUAAACAUUAUCCGGGAUAAGGACAUCCAAUUAGACAGAAAACCAUAACGGAGAAGAAAAUAAUAAAGAAAACUCCGCAAAUGAAGGAGCGCUCAGUCGACAGCUGCGUAUCCGCACACCCACGGACACCCGCGGACACGCGCAGACUCGCGCAGACACCCGCAGACACACGCGGACACGCGCAGUCCUGUUGUGUUGAGCAUUUCUUGCUAAUUCUGUCCUCUCCUGCCCAGAUUUCUUAUUUCUUAAUUUUUUUGUUAUGUUUGGAAGAUUUCGAGUCGUGUUUUUCGGCGUAUCUGAGGUAUAUUUAAAAGGCAGACGAUUAUAUAAAUAUUGUCCGAACAAUCCUCAGUUUCUCGAAGGUGCCAUGUAAAGUGUGUGUGUUUUUAAUUCGGACCCUAGCAGGGCGCUAUAAAGCAGGUGCGCCCGAAAGAGCCAAGACGAGGGCCGUGACGGCUCGUUAGGCAAACAAACUCCUGCGCUCCCGAGAGGCGUGUACUCCUCCUCUGCACUCUUACCUUUCAGAAGUAGGAAGACAAAAAAAAAAUUGGGAAACAAAUCAAAAGUGAAACAAAAUUCGGAAUACAAGAUGAAGACGGCGGCGCGGCUGGGGCUCUGCUUUCUGCUCGUUUAUUCCGCGCUCCCCGGUCUCCAUGCAGCGGUCAGCGUGUAUUUACCAGAGCGAGAAAUCGUUGCUGUCAGGAAUUCAGACACCCUGCUACAGUGUUUCUUCAUCGUGACCACAGGCCACAUUGACCCCAGCCAGCUGAAGAUCACGUGGUCACAGUAUGGGUUUCCAAUGGCCAUGUUUGAAGGCUUACAAAACACUGACAGGAAAGAUGCCACCAUGUUCAGAGAAGAAGUGCUAAAGGGGAACGCGUCACUCCUGCUUCAGAAAAUCGUGAAGCGAGACGAGGGGCCAUACGAGUGUGAGGUGGAGCACAAGGGACAGGUGGACUCGGCCACAGUCGUCCUGCACAUCCAAGUUCCUCCUGAGGUUUCCAUGUCCCCAGAGUCAGUUCACCUUCUCGCUGACAAUACAGUGACGUGUUCAGCACGGAGCUUCUACCCGGAGCUCAUCACUUUUAUCUGGAAGAGAAGUGGGAAGGCCGCUGAGACUCAGCAACAUACCGAGCCACAAAUGAACCCCGAUGGCACCUUUAACUCAGAGAGCGUUUACCGCUUCACCCCGACCAGCCACGAUGACCUGACCUGUGAGGUGCACCACGUGGCGCUGAAGGAGCCGCUGAGAAGAUCUGUCACAUAUAAAGGGUUGACUGUUGCAGGGGUUGGUGCCAUUGUGGCCACAGUGCUAAUCCUACUCUUCAUUGUGCUCCUCUACUUCUGGUUCUCUUCAGUGUACCUGUCGCCUCUUCACCCCUCCAAGCUGCUUCAAGAUGAGUCCGUCUCAGUGCAGUGCACCAUCACAAGCUGGAACCCUGAGAUGAUCAAACUGAGCUGGUUUAUAAAUAACAGGAAAAUCAAACUGGAUAGGAAGGAUGGGGACGUCAAGGACGAGGCCUCAGUACCCCUACAGGACCCUUCUAAUUAUACUCUGCAUACAGGAUCCUCUGAGAAAGGCUUUGGUCCAAAGGAGACCCCUGUCACCCUGAAAUUUAGAGUUUACAGAUCUGACCACCAGGGGGCAGAACUUAAGUGUCAGGCCACUCACCUGCUGACCAGGAGGCGCGUGGAGCGCUCAGUAACCUUGGAAGACACGCCUAUUCGUCCCCGACUCUCGGAAAUCGAAAAUGUCUCCCAGAAUUCAGACACUGAUGUGAAGCUGCAGAUCCGAGCUGAGGAGUUCAAGCCACGAGAUAUUAGCUUCACCUGGUCACUGGCGGGGGGCACAGUGACCUCAGAUUCACUUGACAUCACAGAAAACCCUAAUGGGACCUUCAGUGCUGUGAGUGUCUGCCCCGUCCCGCUGUCUGUGAUCCAGACUCCAGGAUUCAAGGUCUCUGUCAUAACCAAGCACAUCUCACAACGAGAAGUGGAGAGAAGAGUCACGUGUGAUACUCCAGGUAUUGAUGGGCGGCCCCAUUUGUCUGAUGUUGAAAUGGUCAGGUUCACAAAGGAGGGGGAGCCCUGCACUCUGAGCUGCACCAUCACUAAGUUCUUCCCAAGUGAUAUCAAAGUCACUUGGCUGAGAGUUGGAGCAGAGAGCGGACAUCAGCCUGUUACUGCAGGGUCAGCAGAGUGGCCAGCCAAAGUGAUGAUACCCAGUCCUGAGAUGAAGAACUACACCUAUGAGGUGACCUCUGAGGUUCAGUUCACACCUAAAAUCCGCAGUGAAGUGGAGGAGAUGACCUACAUCUGUAGGGUGGCACACGUGACCCUCAUGGAGAAGACCAAAGAGAAGAAGUCUGGCAGAUUGGAGUUAACAGCUGAUAAAACACGUCCCACGAUCUCAGACAUGCACGCUCGAUUCACAAAGUUUGGUGAGCCCUGUACCUUGGCCUGCACUGUAUCAGAAUUUUAUCCCAAAAAGAUCAACGUGACCUGGGACAGGAAAACGAAGAAAGGAAUGAAGAAGACUCUUCCGGAAGAGUCAGGUGACUGGAAGCUCAAUACAACCAACUAUGGUCCCAUAAUGACAAAUAACAGGUACUCGCUUGUGUCUCACGCCACCUUCACUCCUCAGUCCCUGGGUGACCUGGAGGACAUGGACUUCUUCUGCACAGUAGAGCAUGAGAGCCUGAAAGAGAGGAUGGAGAAGAUCUGCUCUGUUACUUCAGGUUUGCAGUGCUGCCCCGUCGUCUCAAAUGUAAAACUAUGUAACUUUAAUGGAAUUAAACAGAUGUGCACCUUGAGAUGCUCCAUUGACAAUUUCUUCCCCAAGGAAAUCAAAGUGACUUGGCUAGAAGUUGGUAAGAAAGGAAAAAAAGAAAUGAAAACCAAAAAAGCCAGUCCAGUGAGUGAAGGGAAGACUUACAAGAUGGUAUCUGAAGCUGAGUUCACACCAAAAGACUUGAUGGACUUGGAGGAGGACAAAUAUAUCUGCGUGGUGGAACACCAGACCCUCAAGGAACCCUUUGAGAGGCGCAGCGGGAAUCUUGUGGAGGAAAGUCUGUUCCACCCACCUAUCAUGUCAGAUAUUCAGGUGGCCGAGUUUAAGGGCCUUGGCCAGCCCUGCACUCUGAGCUGCUCCAUCAAGGACUUCUUACCAAAAGACAUCGAGGUGACGUGGCUGCUGGCUGGUGGGGAUGGACUAAGAGAUAUCAGACCAAUGACGAGUGACCCGGUUAUGGAGGAGAAGGGUUAUCGUUUAGAGUCUAAGGCUGUGUUCACCCCUACGACCCUGAGAGAUACAGAGGAGACCAUUUACACCUGCUCAGUGAGGCAUAAAAAACUCCAGGAGCCCAUUAGGAAGCAAAUAAAGAGGAUCCCGAUACCAGGUCAUGAGUGCAGUCCCACCGUCUCAGAAAUCCAGGUCCACUUCACAGAACUCAACCAGCCCUGCUUCCUGAGCUGCUUCAUUUCAGAGUUCUACCCACAGGAACUUGACGUGAGCUGGCAGUGGGAAAGCAAGAAGAACAAGAAGCUGUUACCUGCCGGAGACGGCAAAUGGAAACCAGAACUGAAACAGUAUGGGCCUCUGAUCAGGUACAACAAGUUUGAGCUGGUGUCUCAGGCAGUCUUCACACCCUUCUCUGAAGCCGAUCUGGAAGACCAGAAGUUCGUCUGCAUUGUAAAGCAACAAGAGAAGGGAGCAAAGCCCAUCAUGAAACGCUGCUCAGUGCCUCUGAGAACUCAACCAGCCAAUGGACCAUGAAGACGGGCUCCUGGCUCACAGUACAGAACUGAGAUCCUUCACCAGGUGAAAAUGAAGCUAAGGGGUGAGCCUCAUGUGGCAAGUCACUGGUCAUACGUGACAAAGAAGAGCAACCUAAGAAGACCUGCAUUGGGUAGGACAGGGAAAAACAAAGUUCCCAUAAGCUCUGAUCACACCGCUGCAAUGGUGAGCUGGGUGUUUUCAGUCUUAUGGGUGCUCAGAAUGCACUGGCUAUCAAUACUAAUUUAUUCUGGGCUGACACCAAGACCACUCCUUGUUUUAUUGAGACUAAAUAUUGUUUUUUUGUCAUGGGCCCUAUCCAAGUUAUCUCUAUAGUUUAGUUUUUCUUAGGACUGUGCUUUUGGGUAGGCCUAUCAUCUGGUAAUUAGUUACCUUGAAGGUUUUAAAGUAGUCCACCCCACUUUGCUUCAGUUUACACAUUACUGCCACCUCACUGAAUUUUAAUUCAUCGAGACUUCACGAGCCAAAACCCUGACUGAUCUGCAAAACAACGGAGAUUUUCAUUAUGCGAGUAGGAAACGGACCUCCAUUUCGAUUCAUUUCUGUUACGGAACAAAUGGCAGCUCUGCACAUCUUGUAAAUUUCUCCAGAUUUGCCCUCUGCGUCCACCACAAGUGUCCUGCAUGGCUUUGUGUUAUAACGGCUCUGUGGAGAGUUCUUUUUACAGCACCUUUUACCCCAGAUAUCCAGGCCUCUUCUCCAUCUUUGUAACGCUCACUGGUGGGCCUCUUCUGUGUGUGAAUCCAUCUGUCUUUAGCCAGGACAUAUUUAUGCAGAGCCUCGCCAUGUUCUAAGUGCCGCCUCAUUUCAAAUUCGCAUUUCGCAUGUUUUGCUCGUGUGUUGACUGAACAGAGAAGCACAUUUGAAAAUGAAUGCAGGAGAUCCUUCCUUCCAGACCCCUGAACUGGUGAGCAUGACAUGUCCAUCAGACCAAAGCUGUCAAAUGUGACUGUGAAAAGCUGCGCCCCUGACACAAAGACGCUGGCGUGGCUGACUGACAUAACGUCUAACUGGAAUCCUAAUUCUCUGUUAACUGGAAUGCUAAGCUGCUGUAAGAUGACCUGAAUGAGUGAAGGUGAAGGGUCUUGUCACCGCUCUCUGGUCCAAUCAGAUUCAUCUGUGAUGCUUCUUCUCUCCUAGGCAUCACAUGGUCGGGGUCUGCGUUUACAUUGGUAUAGUAAGUGCCUUGAGCAUGGGUAUGGCGCUAUAUAAAGAAAUGUAUUAUUAUUAGUAUUAUUAGUAUUAGUAUUAUUAUUAGUAGUAUUAUUAUUGUGCAGAACUUUCCUUCAAACUUUUGAAGGUGAUUUUGGUGGUUUCGGAUCAUGGAGAUUUAAAUCUCAUUUUUAUCUCCUUUCUAAAUUCUGUAUUUAGCAAAGUCAUUUUUAGUUUGAUUAUGUUUUGGCGUUUUCCACUUUGCCAUUUUGUUUUUCCUCAGGUGCUGCCAUUUUUUGGUGCUGUAAUAAUGAUUGGUCUCUAGGGACACGGUGUCAGACAUUUUGUGCCAGUAUAAAAGCUGGCACCACAAACAGAGCAACAUCUGUGGUAUAGAAAGAAUUUAGAAUGGGGAGGGCGGGGGCUCCAUCGCAGUUGGUUGGGGAGGAUGUUUUUUUGGGGGGCUGAGUGCUGAUUGGUCGGUGAAGAGAGUUUUCUAUGGUCAUGAUUAUGGAGGGAUGGAGGAAUUGGAGAUGAUUUGGUGGCUGAUGAUGGUUCCAAGGUGGGGGCUUUUGGAGAUCAAUGGGCCCCUCAUUUGUGUGGACUGUGGCCCCGACUCUCCACCAAUAAACCCCGCUGGCAGCACCUCUGAAUGACAGCCAAGAUUGUGGAUAAUCUCUGAAACUCAUGAAGAAAGGUUCUUCUCUUUGAAUCUUGAACCUCAUCUCCUGCUUAGUGUGUUUGACCUUCACUGGCUUCUUACUCCACUUUAUCCCCCUGCUCCAUUCUAAAUUUCAAGUGCCCCUUGUGCCUCCUAUUUUCUGCCAGCUGUGGAUGAACAUCCGCAAGGCCAUGUGGGACCCAACUGAAGGCUUUGUGGUGAGGCACUAAAUCUAGUUGUGAAUGAGCUGUGAGUGGCCAUGGUUGGACUUUAUUCAUGUGUGGGUUUCAGCUAAAGUUGGGUGGGCAGGUGGAAGUUUAAAAAAGGUGACACCUGAGAAGAGUUGUGUCCUGUUGUUUGUGGUAAUUGUCCCGCCGUGAGGAGCAGCCGCUUUCAUCAGUCCUUCCACAGCAAGCACAUCCUUCUGUUAUUUCCAGAUGUUCACAUCUGGACCGAGGCCUGCUCUGUGUGUCUUUCACCUCAGCCAUUGUCUGAAAUGGGCCCACCAAUACGAUACAACUAUUCACUUUUCUUUUGGAAUUAAUAAUUACACCAUUUACCUCUCAGGGAUCUUUCAUGCCUUCACAACCUCAUUGCUGCACAAUUACAAGAAUACGGCGUCGCUGUUACAAACAUUUAUUGGGUCAGUCUUGAAGUGAAAAUCUUAGAUAACUAACUUACCUCAAAACGUCUACCUUAAUUACGGCGAGUUUAUGAUGUGUUACAUUUACAUUGUGUAUAUGUGCUGUGUGUACAGUAGGACGGUGACCUCAAUGGGAUUGUGUUUCAAUGUAAAUGUGUGGGUUAUGUCUGUGUUUGUACAAUUAUUUCUUAUCAAUAAACCUUUUCAUGUAAACUCUA